AUGCAAAAGAGACGAACGAUGCUAGAGGCGAUUCAGGAUGAUCAUGAUAGUGCGGGAGUAUCGCCUCCAAAACCACUUCAUCAUGAAUUGAAGAAACCAAGACCAAACAAUCCACGACCACCACGACCCGAACCAGCACCUCCUCCUCAAUCUUCAUCCAACAACAACAACAACAACACUACUACAGCAGAUACGAGCACGUCUUUAUCAUCUGUGGAUUGCGAUUGCUAUGAUAGCAGCAGAAGACAACAGCACCUUACUGACACCUCAUCUUCCACCAACACGACGACAGACGAUGCAGCUCGGCAACAACAACAACAGCAGCAAAUGAAUCCCAUCGCGUCGCCAAUAGCCGAAUAUCGCAGUAAUGGAUCAUCCUCAUCAUCAUCCUCAUCAUCCUCAACACGCUCAACAGCACGUCGACGUCUUUCUUUUUACCUCAAAGUAAUGAAGUCAAAGUUGCGUUGGUUCUUUUGCAUUCCUGCUACUCCAAGCACUGCACACAGGUCACCUUCAAGCUAA